GUGUUGGCUGUCGCGUAAUCGAACCGAAUACUCUGUUGAGUCGGUACGGACUACUACAGGGUCCAUCGCGAGGCUGGAAGCGCCCAGCGUCGCUGUGGCACUCACGGUGCCGUGAAAUGCCUGAGCGCCUGGAUGCGCUCUGCUGCGUUGUUGUGACUUUGUCCUGUCGGCCGCACCGCAGCAGUUCUCUGGAUGUGCGGACGGGCUCCGGCACAACAAUGGCCUGUGGUGGCCUUCAAGCGCGAAACACGAGUGACUCAAGCGAAUUAGACGCCAAGGCGGAGGAUCCCUCGUGUCUUGGUGCGUGGACACUCACCGGUACUGACAGCGUACGCACGUAGGCAUGGUGGUAUGGAACGGUGUGAACCUCAU